CGCGGUCGUUUCAUUUUGGGACAGAUUUCAAGAUGGCGGCCGGGAGUAGAACUUGUUGCGGGUUUUUAAAAAUUUCUAAAUGUCAUCGUUUAUUUAACCACAAGUCCCCACAUUAUAGCACGCUAUGGAGAAAUUACAAUGGUUUAUAUAGACAACCUUUUAUACAGAGAUCACAAAUCCAACAAAUACGAGGGAAACAGUCAACCAUUAAUAGCAAAACACCUGAUGUAAAACCACAGACGCUGAGAAGUUCUCUAUGGCUUAUCUCUCAGAGACUCCUCCAUGGAUCUCCUGGUGCAGUUACAGAGGAAAGCUUGAAGAAGAAGUCAGUUUUUACAAGUAGUGGGGCUAUGAUACUUAGAGGAAUGCUGCAACACGUUUGGCCCAAGGAUCGCAGAGACCUUAAGAUCAGGGUUGUCAUGGCUGUUGUGCUUUUGAUUGGUGCUAAGGUGGUGAAUGUUCAGGUGCCGUUCCUGUUCAAGUACGCUGUAGACUAUCUCAACACAUUUGAUCCAGCCACACUUGCUAAGACAGGAGGAUUCCUGGCAACUUUCUCUACUUCGUUAUUACUAGGGUAUGGUGUAGCAAGAAUGAGUGCAUCCUUAUUCAACGAGCUGCGAAAUGCAGUCUUUGCUAAGGUAGCUCAGGGAUCUAUUCGUACAGUUGCAAGGCGGACAUUUCUCCAUCUUCAUAAUCUUGAUCUAACCUUCCACCUAAACAGACAAACUGGCGCACUCUCAAGAGCCAUCGACAGAGGGACCAGAGGUAUCAAUUUUGUGAUGAGUGCGCUGGUAUUUAACAUUGUACCGACAAUCUUUGAAGUCUCCCUUGUCUCUGGAAUACUGGCUUAUAGGUGUGGUGCAGAGUUUGCCUUAGUUGUCCUAGGUUGCCUUGGUGUGUACACUGUGUUUACACUUCGGGUUACCCAGUGGAGAACACAGUUCCGCUCUCAGAUGAACAAGGCAGAUAAUGAGGCUGGCGCACAAGCUAUUGACUCACUUAUAAACUAUGAAACUGUUAAGUAUUUCAACAACGAAGUCUACGAAGCAGAUCGUUAUGAUAAACUACUCGCUAGAUAUGAGCAGGCCUCACUAAAGACCACCACAAGCCUGGCUUUUCUCAACUGGGGCCAGAACUUUAUCUUCAGCGCGUCCCUUAGUGCUAUUAUGCUGCUGGCCAGCAAACAGAUAAUGGAAGGGACCAUGACGGUGGGAGACCUUGUCAUGGUGAAUGGACUGCUGUUUCAGCUUUCAGUACCUCUCAACUUCCUGGGGUCCGUUUACAGAGAUCUGAGACAAGCGCUGGUUGACAUGGAAACACUUUUUAGCCUUCACAGGCUUCAGACGUCCAUUCAGGAGCGUGCAGACGCGGCUCCUCUGCUCCUGAAGGCUGGCGACUCCCAGUCUCACGUGACAUUCGAAGACGUGUCGUUCCAGUACAUCGAGGGUCAGCGGAUUCUCGAUGGAUUGUCUUUUUCUAUACCCGCGGGCAAGAAGGUCGCCAUUGUGGGCGGAAGUGGUUCAGGGAAGUCCACGAUAGUGCGGCUGCUCUUCCGGUUCUUUGACCCGCAGGGCGGGCGCGUUCUUGUGGCAGGACAGGACAUCCGGGAUUUUUCGCUAGAGAGCCUGCGAAAGGUUGUUGGCGUCGUACCACAGGAGUGCGUAUUGUUUCACAACUCUGUCUAUUACAACAUAAACUAUGGCCGUGUGCAGGCUACCGAACACGAGGUCCACGAGGCUGCAAGAAUGGCCGAGAUACACGACGCCAUUCUGCGCAUGCCUAAAGGUUACGAUACGCCGGUCGGUGAGCGUGGGCUCAAGUUAUCAGGUGGCGAGAAGCAGCGGAUUGCCAUUGCUCGCGCCAUUAUCAAGGACCCGCCCAUUCUUAUCUACGAUGAAGCAACAUCAUCACUGGACUCAAUCACUGAAAUGAACAUUCUCAGCGCUCUUCGUCGAGUAACCAAGGGUCGCACAUCGAUAUUUAUCGCGCAUAGGUUAUCUACUGUCGUGGACGCGGAUGAGAUCUUGGUGCUUGAGCACGGCAAAGUGAGAGAGCGUGGAACUCAUUACUCACUGAUUACCGACCCACACUCGCUAUACGCACACCUGUGGCACAAGCAGCACUCAGCGCACACCAAGGUCAUGGAGCAACUAGACAAUGGGUACGACUCCUCAGGGAGUAUGGAGUCUUGAGGAGAGAUCCAUGUUGGGCAAUGGGUCGUGACAAGCGAACCAUCUUAGACAAUGGGUCCUGACAAGCGAACCAUCUUAGACAAUGGGUAUGACUCCUCAGGGAGUAUCGAGUCUUGAUGAGUGAACCAUCUUAGACAAUGGGUAUGACUCCUCAGGGAGUAUCGAGUCUUGAUGAGUGAACCAUCUUAGACAAUGGGUCCUGACAAGCGAACCAUCUUAGACAAUGGGUAUGACUCCUCAGGGAGUAUCGAGUCUUGAUGAGUGAACCAUCUUAGACAAUGGGUCCUGACAAGCGAACCAUCUUAGACAAUGGUUCGACUCCUUAGGGAGUAUCGACUCUUGAAGAGAGAAAACUUUUAGACAAUGGGUAUGACUCCUCGGGGAGUAUCGGGUCUUGACAAGUGGACCAUUUUAGACAAUGGGUCUUGACAAGGGACCCAUCUUAAACAAUGGGCGGUACGACGAGAACUAUGAAUAAUGAGAACUAUGUUAGACAAUGGGUAUGACUCCUCGGGGAGUAUCGAGUCUUUACAAGCGAACAAUCAUAGACAAUGGGUCCUGACAAGCGGACCAUCUUAGACAAUGGGUAUGACUCCUCAUGGAGUAUCGAGUCUUGAUGAGUGAACCAUCUUAGAAAAUGGCUCUUGACAAGCGAACCAUCAUAGAAAAUGGGUACGACUCCUAAGGGAGUUUGGAGUCUUGAGGAGAGAUCCAUGUUGGGCAAUGGGUCUUGACGAGCAAACCAUCUUAGACAAAGGGUACGACUUCUCAGGGAGUAUCGACUCUUGAAGAGAGAACCAUUUUAGACAAUGGGUACGACUCCUCAGGGAGUUAGACAAUGGGUAUGACUCCUCGGGGAGUAUCGAGUCUUGAUAAGUGAACCACCUUAGACAAUGGGUCUUGACAAGGGACCCAUCUUAAACAAUGGGCGGUACGACUCCUUAGGGAGUAUCGACUCUUGACGAGAGAACCAUUUUAGACAAUGGGUAUGACUCCUUGGGGAGUAUCGAGUCUUUACAAACGAACCAUCAUAGAUACUGGGUACGACUCCCAAGGGAGUAUUGAUUCUUGACAAGAAUUAUUUUAGAUAUUGGGUAUGACUCCUCAGGGAGUAUGGAGUCUUGGAGAGUUAACCAUUUGCGACUACCAAGGAGGUAUCGAGUCUGGACGAGUCAACCAUUUUAGACACUGGGUAGACCCUCAGAGUAACGAGUCUGGACUAGUGAACCAUCUACCCCUACCAAGGGAGUAUUGAGUCUUGACGAGAGAACCAUUUUAGACAAUGGGUAUGACUCCUGAGGGAGUAUUAAUCUCGACAAGGGAACAAUCUUAGAAAAUGGGAAUGACUCUCCCAAGGGAAUAUCGAGUCAAAUCAAACGAAAUCACAAAGAUACGAUUUGUCAGCUACCAUGCACAAAACAACGCAAGUUUCACUUUGUUGAACUCCUAGGGGGUCGAUAGGGUUAUCUCUCAGAAAAGUGUGGAACACUGCACUUUUAUUAAGGAAAUGUUUCAAAGAAGUAAGCGCAAAACAGUCGCGGGGGGGGGGGGGGGGGGGGUAAUUUCAGCCAAAGUAUGGGGUGAGGGCGUCUUAUACUCUGGGAAAUAUGGUAAAAAAUCAGCAUAAAUUGAGUUUUGUGGGAAUACACAUGACACUUAUUUUUAUAACAUCAAGCCUACUGUCUCCUGGUGAGUUAGGAGGUUUAAUAUAAUAUUAUAUUUGUAUGUGAUGCAGUUAGAGUAUUUUUAUUUAUUUGAUUAUUUUUAAUAUUGCAAAUUAGUCAACAAUAAAUGUAUGAGGAUGCUGUACGUAAAGUAAUUUUGUAAAGAAACGCAGGUAGAAAUGCUAGCCUCCCCGUAGCGCCUACUGUGACCAUUUCUUUACCUUGUUGGGGGAGAAUGAAGGAUUGACACAGAUAUAUGGCGAGGCGAGUAUGGAAUUAUCUGAGGAAUAUGGGGGAAGAUGAUGUGCUGUUUGGGAUACCUUUAAUAGGUGAUUAACAUUAAAAAAAAUCAUGUAACUUUUUGGGUGACAGAUUUGUGAGAAAUCCUGGUUUUGGUGACAAGGAAAUAAAGACAUCUUAUAAAAUAGG